AUGGCCGAGAAUGAUGAAUGGGAUGAUGAUGUUGACAUUGGAUUGAAGGCGAGUUGGGAGAGCAUCUUAAAGGAGAUGGAGAGUUUGGGAGUUGUUGAGGUUGGUCGUAGGAUUGAGCAUAGUGACGAGGAUGAUGAAGUUGUGAACAAGGAAAUGCAAGGAUUUAGUGAUGCCAGUCAGCAGGGAUAUGGAGCUUGUGUUUACGUUAGGUCUGAAUGGAGAUCUGGGAAAAUUACUGUUAAGUUACUAAUUUCUAAAUCGAGGGCGACAUCAAAGGAGUUUGUACCGUUUGUUGAAAAUCGUUUGAAAGAGAUUAGAAAUAACAGUGACGCUGGGAACUGGAAUUAUAUUAAUGCUGAAAAAAAUCCAGCAGAUCUUCUCACUCGAUGGGGAAUCACCACUUUAAAUUUGGCCGAAAGCAAUCUUUGGUGGGAGGGGCCAACGUUUUUGUGCGCGAAAGAAUACCAGCUGCCACAGAUAAAAGAUCAUGAUUUAUCACUUGAGCAUUCAAAUGAGCUGAAAAGAAGUAAACAAGUAGUGUUGCAUAAUUAUACCGACAUAAUUAGUAUCAACAAUGUAAUCAAUUGUGAUAAGUAUUCCAAAUUCACACGAUUGGUAAGAAUUACCGCAUGGAUGUUAAGUCUCUGCGGAGGAGCUCUUAUUAAAGCCAACAAGGAGAAGUUCAAGUUGGCAAAUGAUAACACAGAAAAAGAUGUUAUGUUUUUUAUUGAAGAAAAAGGUUUAUUACGUUGCAGGGGUCGACUUGUAAACGCACCGUUACCCGUUGAAACGAUAUCGCCUAUACUGAUUGACCGAGAUCACUCGUUAACUAAGCUAAUUAUCAUGGAUAUUCACUGGUACAGACUCAGUGUCGCUAGAGCUUUCGCCGCAGUAGGAAUAGACAAUUUUGGACCUCUGUACGUUAAAAACAUUUACAACAAUGCCAAUGAAAGACCAGUUAUGAAUAAAAUGUGGUUAACCUGGUACACCUGCGCAUCGAGCAGAGCUUUGGUGUUAGAUCUAGUUCCUAGGCCCGAUUCGUCAUCAUUUAUUAGUAGCUUUCGAAGAUUCAUUUGGAGACGUGGUUGUCCAGAUCAUAUCAUCGCAGACAAUGGUAGUAAUUUUGUUUUACGUGAUACGCAAACUUAUAUUUCAAAUCUAAAAAUAAAUUGGCAUUUUAACCUCCCUCUUGGUCCAUGGCACGAAGGUUUUUUUGAAAGACUUGUGCGCAGUACAAAGAAACUAUUAAGAAAGGAUUUAAGGUCAACUAAACUCUCAUUUGAAGAGAUGCAAACAGUUUUGUAUGAGAUCGAGUACUUAACUUGUCUUCUAAUUCAACCACCCUUAAAUCACACGCAGCAUUGA